AUGGAGCGGCCGGGGAGCAACGGGAGCUGCCCGGGCUGCCGGCUGGAGGAAGGUCCGUCGGCGCGGGCCGCUACCGGCUUGGCGGCCGUGCUCAUCUUCACUAUCGUGGUGGACGUGCUGGGCAACGCGCUGGUCAUCCUGUCGGUGCUGAGGAACAAGAAGCUCCGCAACGCCGGUAACAUCUUUGUCGUCAGUUUAUCUGUCGCAGACCUCGUCGUUGCAGUUUAUCCCUAUCCUCUGAUCUUGAGUGCCAUUUUCCAUAAGGGAUGGACCAUGGGAAAUGUUCACUGCCAGAUAAGCGGGUUCCUGAUGGGCUUAAGUGUCAUCGGGUCCAUCUUCAACAUCACGGCGAUUGCAAUCAACCGCUACUGCUACAUCUGCCACAGCCUUCGGUACGAUAAGCUAUUCAACCUGAAGAACACCUGCUGCUAUCUCUGCCUGACCUGGAUUCUCACAGUGGUGGCAAUUGUGCCAAACUUCUUCGUUGGCUCCUUGCAGUAUGACCCCCGGAUUUACUCCUGCACCUUUGCUCAGACGGUGAGUACUUCAUACACUAUCACAGUGGUGGUUGUCCACUUCAUCGUUCCGCUGUCCAUCGUGACCUUUUGCUACCUACGGAUCUGGAUUUUGGUGAUUCAAGUCAAACACCGGGUGCGACAAGACUGCAAGCAGAAGCUCAGAGCAGCUGACAUCCGGAAUUUCUUGACUAUGUUUGUGGUUUUUGUCCUUUUCGCUGUAUGCUGGGGACCAUUAAACUUUAUUGGCCUUGCUGUUUCAAUUAAUCCUUCCAAAGUGCAGCCACACAUUCCAGAAUGGCUUUUUGUCCUGAGCUACUUUAUGGCCUAUUUUAACAGCUGCCUCAAUGCUGUGAUCUAUGGGCUGCUUAACCAGAAUUUCCGGAAGGAGUACAAAAGGAUACUGCUGACCCUCCGGACUCCCAGGCUGCUGUUCAUCGACGUGUCCAAGGGUGGGACAGAAGGGAUGAAAAGCAAGCCAUCUCCAGCCAUAACAAACAACAACCACCAAGCUGAAAUACAUUUAUGAGUCAGAACAGUGCUAUUUAUUC